UUCUUUGGCCUCGCCAUUGGCGGCGGCGGCGGCAGAGCUUGAGCUUGCCUGAGCUCGUUUGCUGUUUCUGUUCUAACUAGGUUGUCGCGGCCUUCCUCCUUUCCGUUCGCUGGAGAAGCCGGGCCGGAGCCACCCGGUAAGGAAGCCGAAGGAACGAGCGACGGCGAAGAGGCGGCAGCGGCGCCGGUGACGUCGCGGCUGGUGUUCGGUGCGGGCGGGCGCCACCGGCUGUUUCCGGAGGAAGGAGAAACGCAGGCAGCGAGUAAGCGAGCGGCUCCAUCCCCCACCCGUAGGGAGGGAGUGCGGCAGCGGCGGCGCAGACAGGCCGGACGAGGCGGCGGCGAAGGAGGAGCAGCUAUCGCAACCCCCGGCCGCGGCGGCCACCACCACCACAGACACCCACACAGCUACACUCGCCCCUCGCGGAAAACACGAUGGCGCUGAAACGCAUCAACAAGCUUAGAACAAGUCUUGAAACAACAUGUCUACAUUCUACUUUGAUAACUGCAGGAAGCAGAAAUUAGGAACUUAGUGACUUGGCCCGUGACCCACCAGCUCAGUGUUCUGCAGGCCCCGUUGGAGAUGACAUGUUUCAUUGGCAAGCCACAAUUAUGGGUCCUAAUGACAGUCCAUAUCAAGGUGGUGUUUUCUUCCUGACAAUUCACUUUCCUACAGACUACCCUUUCAAACCACCUAAGGUUGCAUUUACAACAAGAAUUUAUCAUCCAAAUAUUAACAGUAAUGGCAGCAUUUGUCUCGACAUUCUAAGGUCACAGUGGUCUCCUGCUUUAACUAUUUCUAAAGUUCUCUUAUCCAUUUGUUCACUGCUAUGUGAUCCAAAUCCAGAUGAUCCCCUAGUGCCAGAGAUUGCACGUAUCUAUAAAACAGACAGAGACAAGUACAAUAGGUUAGCAAGAGAGUGGACAGAGAAAUACGCUAUGCUCUAGGGUACAACAGAAUAUCUCGGGAAUGGACUCAGAAGUAUGCCAUGUGAUGCUACCUUAAGUCAGAAUAACCUGCAUUAUAGCUGGAAUAAACUUUAAAUUACUGUUCCUUUUUGAUUUUCUUAUCCGGCUGCUCCCCUAUCAGACCUCAUCUUUUUUUUUUAUUUACCUCUAUCCAUUCAUGCACAUGCUCAUCUGAGAAGACUUUAGCUCUUCCAGCUUUGGACAAUAACUGCUUUUUAGAAUCUGUAAAGUAGUUAUACAAGAACAAUUGCCCAAGAUUCAGAAUUCUUUAAAUGGAGCAUGUGUGUUGUGGCCAAUGUCUUCACUCUAACUUGGUUAUGAGAUUGAAAUCAUUCCUCACUGCUCUAACAGUUCUACUGAAGAAAUCACCCAAAGGGAGGGGAGAUGGAUGUUCAGAUUGCUCACAUCACAGGAAAUAACAUUGCUGUAGCAUCAUCCAUCUUUUUUUAAAACCUUCCAGUGUUAGAGACUGAGGUUUCAUGACAUACUUGUGCUCAUAACUGGUAUGGCUGGAGAAUUGGUACAGAACCUGUAGCAUCAGCAGAACAGAACACGUGAUGUAUCUUAUGCAUGUCAAUAAAGGAAUGACCAGUUCUUGUUCUACAGAGAAUGGAAAUUGGAAGUCCAACAUCCCAUGUAUUCCAAAAUAGGGUCUCGGAACAUUUUUGUAACUCAUUUAAAUUUUGUUAGGAUGCUUGGAGCUAUUAGUUAAUCUAUCUUCCACAACAGUUUAAUAUAGCACUGAAAAAAUGAUGCAAGUUGUCAAUGGAUGAGUGAUCAACUAAUAGCUCUCCUAGUAAUUGAUUUUAUUUUCUUCAAUAAAGUUACAUAAACCAAUGAGUUAGCUGCCUGGAUUAAUCAAUAUGGGAUACAAAAUCUUUUGUAAAAGCAAAGGUGGUUUUUGUAUAUACUUGUUGGGAUUUGCCUCAUUGUUUGACAUCAAAUAAUGAAGUGAAGUUAGUAGAGUGAACCUUUUGCCAUGUUCAGUUAUAAUACUUGGUCUGUGUUCAGGUUGACACAUUGAUCAGCCCUGGAGUAUGCAGAACUAAUAAGCUAAUCUAGUAGUGUAGACUUUAGUGUGCUACACGAGGUACUGGGAGCCAUGAGUUCAAAUAUGGACUUGGAACCCAGCUGAUAUAUGUACUGGUGUAUUGUGGAGACAUUUCCAGAUGCACCCAGCUUGUUGACUUUGAGAAGUUAUUCUUCACCUUGUACACUUGACAGCUGAAAGAUCUUUAUGUGGGAGUAAUGAGGCAAAAAUUGCAAAAUAAAGUACUGUUUUGAUGUGGGAA